GGGUCUUCAUGAAUCAUGGGUUUCUUAUCUGCCACUGUGGAAGCACAGGGUGUGCUUACGGCAACAUUUGUAAGUUAUUAUAAAAGUAAUACACUGAAAAAAAGAGGUGCCAAACGAAACUUUUGAGGUUCCGUGGAACUGUACGAUACUAUUUAGGUUCCAGUAGCAUUCUACGAAAUCUAUGUUGGGUUCAGAAAGAAACAAAUUUUAGUAUAAGACUUUUUUGAAAUUCCAAAUUAAAAAAGGUUCCGUCAAGAACCCAACUGAAUUUAUAUUUCGUGAAAGGUUUCGUGAUAAACUCUUUCGAGUUCCGCAAACAGAAAGGUUUCGUGAUAAACUCUUUCGAGUUCCGCAAACAGAAAGGUUCCUUAAUAGACUUCGAGCGGGAAAUGCAGUCAUCACUCGUCAGAUGAAAGCGACCUCUGUUGAUGUCCUCGUACAUGAUAACAACAACACGGCUAAUUAUCCAGCUAACCCGUGCUUUAUUAGUUUCCCGCAUUCGAUUUUCACUGAAUCCUAUUGAUAACCAUCUCCAUAUUAUUAAAACUACUUUCUAUUACAUUCAUCACUGGUCUUUCUCUUCCCUACUACAUGUGAUUCUGAUAAAAAAUUACACUUGAUUUACACUUUAAAAUUCUUCCGUCUAUCUUCCGGAGAAACAACCAUUUCUUCAACAUAAAACUAACUGCUAUAUCAUAUUCUUUAUUAGGCUUCUCAUUUGAUUUAACAUAAAACAAAUUUUUAGCGAGAAAAUCAUCAACUCUGUUAUGACACUACCUUCACUGUUCAAAAACUAAACUCCUGAUCUAAGUAAACCACAACCACUAAGAUGUAUGUCACUAACUGUUUUAUUUUCCUAUUUGAAUGAUUUCCUUUUUAAAUAUUGAUUCUAUUCUAGUAAUUUUUGAAAACGAUUUGUCACAUUCAGCCUCAACUGUUGUUCCUGGCUUUUUAUUGUUUGAGUAAAUUAACCGCUCGAUAUACAACAACAACUGUUUCACGUACGUGUGUUGCUACCUUUGUGUCUUCCUAUUUAAAUGAUUUCCUUUUUGAAUAUUGAUUCUUUUUUUUUAGUAAUUUUCGAAUGCAAUUCGUCACAUACAACGUCAACUAGUGUUCCUACUAUUUUUUUAGUGUUCCGACAUAUAAACUGCUUGAUAUACUACAACAACAACUAUUUCACGUUCGUUUGGAUGCUUUUCUUGAUAAGUUAGGAUCACAGCAAAUAGUUUUUACUCUCCUCAGCUUCAACACAAAUUUCAAAUUGGUCCUGGUUGUGUUGAAUUCAAUUAUUGGUCGUCACGAAUUCUACACUAUUAAGUUGUUAUCUGAAUUAAUGAAUCUGGUUAUUUCUGAUUUUGAUCAUAUGGAAUUCCAUUAUUGA